AUGGCUUCCUCAAGCAAGGCGUGGAUUCUGACGGGCCAGGAGGGACCGCAAAGUCUCAAAUUUGUUGAGAACCAGGAGUUGCCACCUCUCGGGGAUCAUGACGUGCGCGUCAAGAUUCAAGCGGCAUCUUUAAACUACCGCGAUAUCGCUAUUGCGAAGGGCACAUAUGGUCUAACCAUCGAACCAAAUGUCGUACCCGGCUCCGACGGCGCCGGAGUGGUUGAAGCCGUCGGCUCGUCCGUGAAUAAAUUCCAACCAGGCGAUCAUGUUUGCACGCACAUGACAUCCGGCAUGACCGAGAACGCCCCUGCGACGUUUGCCGACAUUGGCGGUGGACUUGGACAGCGAAUUGAUGGGACCCUUCGCACACAUGGCGUGUUUCACGAUACAUCUUUGGUCAAGAUGCCGAGGAAUCUCAGCUUUGAUGAGGCGGCAACGCUUACAUGCUCUGCUUUGACUGCGUGGAACGGAUUGUUUGGAAUUGAAGGCAGGGAGCCAAAGAAAGGCCAUGUGGUUUUGGUCCAGGGUACGGGAGGUGUCUCUAUCGCGGCGUUACAGUUUGCUCUCGCAGCAGGCGCAACCGUUACAGCAACCACAAGCUCAGAUGAGAAGGCUGCUAGACUGCGGUCGUUAGGAGCGCAGCACGUCAUCAAUUAUAAAAUAACCCCUAACUGGGGCGAAGAAGCUAAGAGAGUCACGCCAGAUGGAAAAGGUGUACACACAGUUAUUGACGUAGGAGGUUUAUCCACACUGCGUCAGUCUCUACAUGCUGUUCGCCCGGAAGGUAUGAUUGCUUUGACAGGCCUGCUCGGCCAAGCCCCGGAUGGUGAUAUCCCGAAUAUCAUGGAUGGUCUUUUACAUCUGUGCACGACCCGAGGGCUCCUCUUGGGGACAAGAGCCCAAUUUGAGGCUAUGAACCAGUUCCUUGAGGAGAAGAAUGUUAAGCCAGUGUUGGAUGACAAGGUGUUUCCUUUGCAGGAGACGAAAGAAGCUUUUGAGUACAUGUCUCAGCAACAUCAUUUUUCGAAAAUUGUCAUUCACAUUUCAUGA